AAAGGCAAAGAGCACGCUCCCCAAAGCAGUGGCGUCUCUCCCGUUCUUAAUCUUUCUUCCCAUUUCUUAAUCGGAGAAAGAAAAGAAAAUUAAGCAAAAAAUGGAAAAAAAUCUUCUUUAACUACAUUUUCCACUCCUUUCUUGAACUCAACACACAUUUCCCAUACAUAGAAGAAGGGAAACUACUGGCGUGCUAGGGUUUUUUCUUUCUUACAGGACAACACGGGUUUGUUUUGUGUACAAGGUUCGGUAUUUACAACAAUGAAUAUCUUCAAGAAAAAAACUUCUCCUAAAGAGGCUCUCAGGUCUAGCAAGAGAGACAUGACCGUUGCCACAAGAGGGAUUGAACGUGAAAUUGCAUCUCUUCAGUUGGAGGAGAAGAAAUUGGUGGCAGAGAUAAAACAAACAGCAAAAACUGGAAAUGAGGCUGCUACUAAAAUCUUAGCCCGACAACUCGUUCGACUUCGGCAACAAAUAACAAAUUUGCAGGGGAGUCGUGCCCAAAUAAGAGGUGUUGCUACUCAUACACAGGCUCUGUAUGCCAGCACUUCAAUUUCGACUGGGAUGAAAGGCGCAACUAAGGCAAUGGUGGCUAUGAACAAGCAAAUGGCCCCAGCAAAACAAGCUAAAGUGAUCAAAGAGUUCCAGAUGCAGUCAGCAAAAAUGGACAUGACGAUUGAGAUGAUGUCAGAGGCUAUUGAUGAGACUUUAGACAAAGAUGAGGCUGAAGAGGAAACAGAGGAGCUCACUAACCAGGUUCUUGAUGAGAUUGGCGUGGACAUAGCAUCUCAGUUAUCUUCAGCUCCAAAAGGUCGGAUUGCGUCAAAGAAUGCUCCUAAUACUGUUUCAAGCCCCGAGCCUCCCAAUGUUGAUGAUCUUGAAAAAAGAUUGGCCUCUCUUCGACGCGUUUAAUUUGGAAAACUUGGAGCAAAAUCUUGUCGGGUGUAGAUUCUUACAAAAAGUCACAUGCAUGAAAAUGCCAAGAUUAUCAGUAGCAUUGUUUGUGUUAUACAUGUUCUACUUAUGAGAAAAAAAUAGUGUGUAUAUUGAAAGAUAUUCUGGUUUUGUACUAGCAAAUGGUUCUCUCUGCAUCAUUUUUGAAGCUGAAUUCUUUCUU